CAAGCUGCAGCCAGUGAGGAGUUUUUUUUUUAGUAGGAACUCCUUUCUCCAUCACCUGGAAUUUUCUCUCCAGCCAAACAGCCAAAGCUGAAAACUUUCUUUACCUAAUUUUCUCUCAUUUUUUUUUCUGAAAAUUCUUGCUCGUUUACAUCGCUAAAAUUGCAAUUUGUCGACUUGACCGAGUUAUGGCGGGUUGUUCUUCGAGUUUAGGGGCCUCUCGUGUGUUGAGCUUCGGAAACGAUGUCGUUUCGAGGAAGAUAUUGGUUCAGAGCUCAUCAUUUCACAGAUUAGGAUUUAGGCAUGUUGUAGAGGAAGUUGCUUUGCCUUUGUUUUGUAGGGACAGUAGUUUUGGACAUGUUUUAGUUAAGAAAAAACAUAAAUUUGUGAUUGUGAACAAUAUGUCGGAGUCGAAUGAUGAAACCCAAUUCCCUGUUGGUGCAGUUACGGUUCCCAAGGAAAGUAAGGUUUUGGAGAGUGAGAAAGAGCAAAGAAUAGUUGGUGGUGAUGGCGAUUUUGAUGAAAGUGAAUUUGAUGGCAAUAAUGGUAAUGGAGGAAUUGGGAAUGGUGGUGAAGGUGAUGGCAAUGGUAGUGGUAAUGGUGGUGGUGGAAAUGACAAUGGGGAUGACAAGGAAGGAGAGGAGUUUGGGCCGAUCAUGAAGUUCGAAGAGGUGAUGAAAGAGGCCGAGGCUCGAGGGGCGAGUCUUCCCUCCGACAUGUUGGAGGCCGCCAAGAGUGUCGGAAUUCGGAGGUUGCUUCUGCUUAGAUACUUGGAUUUGCAGGGGUCUUCUGGGCUUCUAGGCUUUGUAAUGAGGUCGUGCGCUAUGCUUCGCAACCGAAUGUUGGCUGAUCCGUCAUUUCUUUUCAAAAUUGGAACUGAGAUAGUAAUUGAUUCUUGUUGUGCUACAUUUGCGGAAGUUCAGAAGCGGGGCAAAGAUUUCUGGUCAGAAUUUGAGUUGUAUUUGGCAGAUCUUUUGGUUGGAGUGGUGGUUAAUGUUGCGUUAGUUGGUAUGUUGGCACCAUAUGUUCGUAUCGGGCAACCGUCUUUAUCAAAAGGUUUCCUUGGAAAUUUGCAACAUGCUUAUGCAGCGCUUCCUAGCAGUGUAUUUGAAGCAGAAAGGCCGGGAUGUAGAUUUUCUGUGCAACAGAGAAUUGCUACUUAUUUCUACAAGGGUAUCUUGUAUGGAGCAGUUGGUUUUGGUUGUGGUAUUAUUGGCCAAGGCAUUGCAAAUCUGAUUAUGACUGCCAAGCGGAACAUAAGGAAAUCAGAAGAGGACAUACCUGUGCCACCUCUAUUGAAGAGUGCAGCUCUUUGGGGUGUUUUCCUUGCAGUGUCUUCCAACACUCGUUAUCAGAUUAUCAAUGGCCUUGAACGCUUGGUAGAAGGGUCACUUUUGGCAAAGCAGGUUCCACAAGUGGCUAUGGCUUUCACUGUUGGUGUGCGAUUUGCAAACAACAUUUACGGCGGAAUGCAGUUCGUGGACUGGGCUAGAUGGAGUGGGGUGCAAUAACUGUGUGUCCUUAUAAUAUUUUUAGUUUUUUACUUUUAGAGGGUCAUAGAACUUGGGCUCAUCUUUUCUAGUCAUGGCUGAUUCAUGAAUGAAAUGUCUGAUUUUGGGAAAGAAAUUUGAAAUUUAAUGACAAAUGAUAGUCGAUUUUGACGACCCCAGAGUUCUUUGCGAGAGAGUUUCUGUCAUAACGUUCAAUCUAUUGUUUAUUGGUAGAGGAAGAGCAUAAAAAGAGCAUAUUUUUGA